AUGUUUGUCAAACCAACUAUGAAAAUCAAUCAAAUUUAUCCAUAUUUAUCAUGGUCUUUAUUUCAACGUUCAAUUAUAAGUCGAACAAAAGCUUCAACAACUUAUCAAAGUAAAGAACGAAUAUUAUUAAAUCGCACUAAUAACAACAGUGAUUAUAAAAUGACUACUCGACGAUUUCUCACCGGUUAUGAUGUUUUACUUGAUCGACGUGCUAAUAAAGGUACAGCAUUUUCAAUUGAAGAACGACAAACAUAUCGUAUUCAUGGUUUAUUGCCACCAACAGUAGCAACACCUGAAUUACAAGUUGAACGAUUUAUGGAUAAUUUACGAAAUAUGCCCGAUGAUUUAUCACGAUAUAUUGCAUUAGCUGCUUUACAAGAUCGUAAUGAAAAAUUAUUUUAUCGUGUAGCUAUGACAUAUACACAAGAAAUCAUGCCACUUGUUUAUACACCAACUGUGGGUUUAGCUUGCCAAAAAUAUGGUUUAAUUUUUUCAAAACCAAAAGGUUUAUUUAUAUCGAUCAAUGAUAAAGGUCAUAUCUAUGAUGUUCUUAGCAACUGGCCUAUACAUGAUGUUCGCGCAAUUGUUGUUACUGAUGGUGAACGUAUAUUAGGUUUAGGUGAUUUAGGUUGUAAUGGUAUGGGUAUACCAGUUGGUAAAUUAAGUUUAUAUACAGCAUUAGCUGGUGUUGCACCUGAAUAUUGUUUACCAAUAACACUUGAUGUUGGAACAAAUAAUGAAACUUUUCUUAAAGAUAAAUAUUAUUUGGGUUUACAACAUAAACGUGUUACUGGAAAAGAAUAUGAUGAAUUCAUUGAUGAAUUUAUGCAAGCUGUUGUUAAACGAUUUGGACAACAAUGUUUAAUUCAAUUCGAAGAUUUUGCUAAUCAUAAUGCAUUUCGUUUAUUGGAAAAAUAUCGUGAACAUUAUUGUACUUUUAAUGAUGAUAUCCAAGGUACAGCUAGUGUUGCUGUCGCAGGCAUACUCAGUUCACUCCGUAUUACUGGACGAAAAUUAUCCGAUAAUACAUUUGUCUUUUACGGUGCUGGCGAAGCUUCAAUUGGUAUGUCGGAUUUACUUGUCGUAGCAAUGGAACGUGAAGGUGUAUCAGUUGAAGAUGCACGAAAGAAAAUAUUCUUAGUUGAUUCAAAAGGACUUGUUGUUAAAGAUCGUCCAACUGGUGGUUUAAAUGAAGAAAAAAAACGAUAUGCACAUGAACGUGAAUGUAUUGUUAAAUUAGGAGAAAUUGUUAAAGCUUUAAAACCAUCAUUUCUUAUUGGUGCUGCCGGUCAAGGUCCAGCAUUUACACGUGAAAUUCUUGAAGAUAUGGCUUCAUUUAAUGAACAUCCAGUUAUAUUUGCACUUUCAAAUCCUACAUCAAAAGCUGAAUGUACUGCAAGUGAAGCAUAUGAAGCAACCAAAGGUCAAUGUGUAUUUGCAUCUGGUUCACCAUUUCCAAAUGUUGAUUAUAAUGGAAAAACUUAUAUACCCGGUCAAGGAAAUAAUUCAUAUAUAUUUCCUGGUGUUGGUCUUGCUAUUGUAACAUGUGGUAUACGACAUAUACCUGAAGAAUUAUUUUAUAUAUCCGCUAAAACACUUUCGGAACAAGUAACUGAAGAAGAUUUAGCAGCUGGUCUUGUUUAUCCACCAAUUGAAAAAAUUCAUGCAGUAUCAAGAAAAAUUGCUGUAGCAUUAGCAGAAUAUUCUUAUGAACAUAAAUUAGCUGCACAUUAUCCAAAACCAAAAGAUUUAGAAAAAUAUAUUGAAGAAAAUCAAUAUAAAGCUGAAUAUUCUGAUGCAUUACCACCACGAUGGGAUUGGCAAAAAAAAAAUUAA